GAGGGAACGGAGGAAGGAAGAGUUACUAAUUCAUAGAAGCUUCUAAAUUCUGGCCCCUCCUAUCCCUACACAGCCAGGAUGGAGGCUCUAGCCCAUAUCCUGUUACUCUUUCUCCUGCUGGCCUCCUUCAGCCCCGUUGCUGCCCAGGAGGAUGGCAUUGACAUUUACAGUCUCACCAUGGACUCCAGGAUCACAUCACGAUUUGCCCACACCACCAUCACCAGCCAUGUGGUCAAUAAGGCUGACCGAGCCCAAGAGGCCACCUUCCAGGUGGAGAUACCCAAGACAGCCUUUAUCACCAAUUUCUCCAUGAUUAUUGAUGGUGUGACAUACCCAGGGGAGAUGAAGGAGAAGGCAUCUGCCCAGGAGAGGUACCGCUUAGCUCUGGCCAAGGGGCCGAGUGCUAAAAUAAUCAAGGCCACAGGGAGGAAUCUGGAACAGUUCCAGGUGUCUGUCAAUGUGGCUCCGACUGCCAAUGCCACCUUUGAGCUGGUCUAUGAGGAGUUGUUGAAGAGGCAGCUGGGGAAAUAUGAGCUAAUGCUGAAGGUCCAGCCCCAACAGCUGGUCAAACAUCUGCAGAUAGAUAUCCAUAUCUUUGAGCCUCAGGGCAUCAGUUCCCUGGACACUGAGAUCGCCUUUAUGACCAAGGAUCUGGCAGAUGCCCUCACCACCACACAGAACAAGACCAAGGCUCACAUAGUGUUCAAGCCAUCUCUGGCCCAGCAGCAGAAGGAGCCCGGGAAGCUGGACACGAUUCUGGAUGGCAACUUCAUUGUCCAUUAUGACGUGAAUCGAACCGCCGUUGCAGGGGACAUCCAGAUCGAGAAUGGAUACUUCGUGCAUCACUUUGCUCCAAGAGAGUUGCCCCUGUUGCCCAAGAAUGUGGUCUUUGUAAUCGACAAGAGUGGAUCCAUGGCUGGCAGGAAGAUUAAGAAGACCAAGGAAGCCCUGCUAAAGGUCCUGGAUGAUCUCAAACCAGAGGAUCAUUUCAGCUUGGUUGCCUUCAGUGGAAGAGUGACCCAGUGGAAGCCAGUGUUGCUUCAGGCCUCAGAAGAACACCUGGAAUCAGCCAAGACAUUUCUCUCUAAUACUCAAGCCCUGGGUGCAACUAACAUCAAUGAGGCCAUCCUUCUGGCUGUGAGAAUGCUGGAUGAGAGCGACAGUAGGAAGCAGCUGCCUUCAGGGAGUGUCUCUAUGGUCAUCCUGCUCACGGAUGGAGAUCCCACUGAGGGGGAGACAAAACUACAGAAGAUUCAGGAGAAUGUGAAGGCAACUGUAGCAGGCCGAUACCACCUCUAUUGCCUGGGCUUUGGCUUUGAUGUCAACUACGCUUUCCUGGAGAAGCUGGCCCUGGAUAAUGGUGGGGUGGCCCGACGCAUCUAUGAGGACUCAGAUGCUGACCUGCAGCUCCAGGACUUUUACCAGGAAGUGGCCAAUCCGCUGCUGACCAUGGUGGAGUUCCAGUACCCAGACAACGCUGUGGAACUGCUCACACAGGACAGUUUCAGGGUCUUCUUCAAAGGCUCUGAGCUAGUGGUGGCUGGGAAGCUCACGCCUCAAGCCCCGGACCUGCUCUCAGCCCAAGUCAGGGGCCAGUCGAACACCCAGAACAUCAACUUCCAAACAGAAGUGAACGUUGUGAACAAGGAGAAGGUCUUUGAGGACUCCGAGUACAUUUCCCACAGCUUCAUGGAGCGCCUGUGGGCAUACUUGACCAUCCAGCAGCUGCUGGAGAAAGCUGUUUCAGCCUCGGGCACUGCACAGCAGAGCCUGAAGGGCAGGGCUCUGGACCUUUCCCUCAAUUUCAGCUUUGUCACUCCACUCACAUGUAUGGUGGUCAACCAGCCUAAUGACCAGGGCCAGCGCCAGUUGGCUAUGAAGUCUAUGGAAACAGUUUCAGAUCAAGGAGAGCUGAAAAUGGAACAACCAAUGAGACCAGGCAGAACGAAAUUUCGAAGAAGAAAGAUCAUUUCCCAGGAACCAGAUGAACUAAGGUCCAUGUUGGCUCCUUUAGAAGAUGUCUCACCAGGGACCUCUACACCACUGUCAGCGGGGAUUACAACACCUCCUAUCCCUGUUCCUCUGGAAGAAUCUUUGAAGUCAAUGGAGAGGGCUCCUCAUUUCAUUUUGUCACUGUUUCUACGAAAAAAACAGAAAGAGAUUUUGUGUGUGGAUGUCAAAGGAUCACCUUUCAGGCCACUAAGUCUGAUCUCUGAUCCAGUACAAGGAAUUGAGGUGAAGGGCCAUUAUAAGGACUUUCUAGACACAUUUUCCUGGCUCCAGGUGAGCUACAAGACUCCUGAAGUACAGGUGUAUGUGAACCAGGACAGCAUCAUAGUGAUCCGUGGCCGUGGUCAACAUGAAAAAAGCACCUCUUAUCAGUGGCAGAAGACAUUCUCCCUGGGGUUUUCUGGGCUGAAGAUAAUCACGGAAAAUCGUGCCUUGCGGCUCAUUGCCCCCAAAAAAGUCACCAUUGGUCUGGUGUCCUUGAGUCAUCUCAUCCCUGGACUCCAUCUCUUUCUGCAGAAUACAGUUCACUUUUCUGAGAAAGUCAGUGGGAUCCUUGGUCAGUUUUACCGUCACUUGUACUGCAAUUCCUUGGAAGAUGACAAGAUGACGCUGACAACAAUGGGAAAGACAUAUACAAUCACCAGAAAGCCCAUGUUGGAUUUCCAAAAUGGAGAAAGAAGCAACCCAAUGCCAACAUUGCUGUGCUGGUCCCUGGAGCAAUCCUUAUAAGACAGAAGAACUUCAUAGACAGUAAAUAACAUAUAUUUCCCCCACCCUAUCUCACAUACCUGGCCCAGAUCAGCCAGGAGCUGCUACUUGGAGCCAGCCUGGGAGAUGCUAUAAAGCUAAGGCCGUGUGUCAACA